GUUCGGUAGUUCGCAACCGUCCGAUUCGAGGUAUCGUAAUCGGACCAAUCAAAAAGUUGUCCACUAUCUUCAGUCCAGAGACAGUGACCUUCGAACCUGAUCAACCCAGCUCAGGAGGUUUCCAUGAUGGCGUCUGGGGCGCUUCAAGUCGCUUGCAGGACAGCAAGUCGCGCCAUUGCUAUCCCUGGCGCUGCGCACGUGGAGCCGCCGGGCGGCUGCUCCACCUGCCCCGCGGCGGGCUUCCACUCGCGGAGUGGCGCAGGGGCGCUGCUGCGCCGCAAUCCCCGGGGCGCCAGCUUUUGUGUCCCCGAUGCCGACCUGCUAGCGGAGCGGCGCGAGCGCGCUCUGAGUGGGGCCGGGAGCAGCUUCACGGGGGAGAGAACUGGCCUUACAAGGCUCGCCACCAAGCGGAUAACGCCUGUGACUUUGGACAGGCGGCGCGGUGCGGCGGUGGCAGCGCGCGCCCCUCGGCGGAGCGCUGCGAGUAGUGCUGCCACCCUGGACAAGGAUGCGGGGCAGGACGAAUCGCUGGCGGCAUCGCGCCGGCGUGCGCUGGAGGACGCCAUGGCGGAGAUCAACGCGCAGUACGGCAAGGGUACCGUUACGCGUCUAGGCGCCACGGGCGUGUCCUCUGGGGUGGAGACCUUCCCCAGCGGCUCGCUGGCGCUGGACUACAUCCUGGGGGGUGGGCUGCCGCGGGGCAGGAUUGUGGAGGUGUACGGGCCGGAGAGCAGCGGCAAGACAACGCUGGCGCUGCACGCCAUAGCGGAGGUCCAGAAGGCGGGCGGCAACUGCCUGCUGAUCGAUGCGGAGCAUGCGUUUGACCCCGACUACAGCGGCGCGCUGGGCGUGAACAUGGACGAGCUGGUCGUGUGCCAGCCCGACAACGGCGACAUGGCGCUCAACACCGCGGACCACAUGAUCCGCUCCUCCGCCGUUGACCUCAUCGUCGUAGACUCCGUCUCUGCGCUUGUGCCCAAGGCCGAGCUCGAGGGCGACAUUGGGAACCAGCUGGUGGGGUCGCAGGCGCGGCUGAUGAGCCAGGCGCUGCGCAAGCUGGCCAGCAGCGCGUCCAAGGCGCGGUGCACCAUCAUCUUCAUCAACCAGAUCCGGUUCAAGAUCGGCGUCAUCUACGGCAGCCCCGAGGUGACCAGCGGCGGCCAGGCCCUCAAGUUCUUUGCGUCGCUGCGCCUGGAGAUCCGCAACACGGGCCGCAUCAAGGGCGUGCCCGAGGCCGGCCGCGGCGAGGUGGAUGUGGGCAUCCGCACCAGGAUACGGGUCACCAAGAGCAAGGUGUCACUGCCGUACCGCACCGCGGAGCAGGACAUCAUCUUCAAGGAGGGCAUCUCGCACCUGGGAUGCAUCGUGGACGUGGGCGAGCUGCUGGGCCUCAUUAUGAAGAAAGGCGCGUGGUACUCGUACGGCGACACCAAGAUCGGGCAAGGGCGGGAAAAGGUGGUGGCGUUCCUCAGGGAGAAUGACGACAUCCGGCAGACCAUUGAAAAGGACAUUCGGGCCAGGAUUGCGCAGGAUUCUGCGAGCUCUCAAAACGGGAGGGGGGCGUCCUCAGCGUUUGUUGCUCCAAUGGACUCAAACGGCGGACUAGACGAGCUGCCAACGUACGCGGCUGAGGAGGACCUCGGCUUUGCCUCCGAUUCAGAAUCGUAGCUCGAUUCGGUUGAUCCUGUGUAAAUGAAGUUGCUGCUUGUACAGUCUAGUAAGCGAGCUCUGUGGGAAAAGGUAUUGCCCCGUGUGCAAACAACCGGGCAAUUGAAGGAUAGGUGUCCAGCAAGGACAAAAAUGUAAAGCGUCAACAAGCCGGCAUAUGGUAGAUGUAUCUAGGUCUCAUUCGAAUCAAAAGAGUAUCUUCCCAGCAGCAAGAAUCACUGUCGUUGAUCUACUAUCUGAUUCUUUCGAGUGUUUAUAGUGAGAAUUCUGAGGCCGUCACUCAGUAGCAUUCGUAAAUGUGGCUUUUGGAGUCGAAUCCUGUAGGUUGUCGGCUGUCAUCUUCAAAUCGACUACGUUUUGAAAAUUGUUACUUUUCGAAGCAACGAUCCGUUAAAUGUUCGAUGGCAC